AUGCACUUCAAAAACUCCUUCCUUCUGGCUUCGACCUUGACCGCGAGCACCGCCGUCGCCCGCCUCCACGGUCAUGAGCGCCGCCACGCCCACCCCAAGGUCGAGAUCGAGAUCGAGCCCGAGCUUCCCACCGUCACCGAUGCCCCCAAGCUCGAGGACCGUAACGUUGGUGAUAUCGUGACUGCCACUAUCAACGGUGUUCUCGAGACCUGGAUCAACGAGUGGUCUGGUGAGGUUGCCUCCGCGUCUUCUUCCUCUUCCUCCUCGUCCGCCACCUCUAUCGUCGUGCCCGCGGCCAUCUCUGCGGCUCCCGCUCCCGAAUUCACUGCCACUCCCAGCCAAGUCGAGUCCACCGUCACUCCCGUCCCUACCUCGUCCCCAUCCGGUGGUGACUGGUACGAGACCCCCUCCAGCGGCUCGUACUCCCGCGCUGGAUUCGGCGGCCAGUCCAAGAGCGAGACCACUGGUCUCCUUGACUGGGACUAUGUCGGCAAUGUCGGUAUCCCCUGGGGUAGCAACAUCAUCGAGGUCUCCGAGGCCAACGCCAACCAGUACAAGCACGUCAUGCGUUUCGAGGGUAGUGAGAUUGAGCCUUGGACCGUUUUGUUCUGGAACACCUACGGCCCCAACGGCAAGAUGGACGGCUUCUGGAAGCCCAACGCUGCUCUUCAGUUCACUCUUGAGAAGGGUGAGGUCAAGUACGUCGCUGUUGACGACAACUCCCAGGGUGGCUGGGCUGCCGCUCCUGGUGAAAUUCCCACCACCAAUUUCGGCCAGUAUGCUGCCACCUGGGGUGAGUUUGACAUGAGCAAUGCGAAGAACGACUACUAUUCCGGCUGGGACGUUUCCUGCAUCAUUGCUGAGCUCAACGGCCUGGAAAUCCAGGGUAUGAAGAUUUGCAACCACCAGGGUGGUGACUGCUCCUACAUCGGCAAGGGUCUGGAAGGCCUCCUUAGCGCCUACACCUCUGCCGACCAGGGCAACGAUCACAAGGCCGUCGCCCAGGCCCCUGGUCCCGUCCGCCUGACCGUCACGCUCGACUACGUCCACUAA